AUGGCCAGAGGGAAGUCGGUAAGGAGCAAAGAGAUGAGAAUCAAAGGUGAAGAUGGCGAAUGGUGUAGCUCCGAGGAUGAAAUUGCCCAAAAUGAUGUCUCCUUCUUUGGUAAGUUAUACAAGUUUGAGGCUUAUGUGUUAGAUGAUGCAUUGUUUGAUGUCAUACCGAAGCUU